AUGGCGUCAAGUUCCUUGUCCAAUCCAAUCCUACCAGUCUCCGUAUCCCCUAUCAGCGAAGAGAGGCAAAUGGAGAGAGAGAAAUUAAUUAAAGGAGAUGAGAAGGUCUUCAGAGGAUCUUCAAUGACUAAGAGAGGGGCUUAUGCUGCUAUCUCUUACAUGUCUUGUGCUGUGCUCUUGAUAUUGUUCAAUAAAGCAGCUCUUUCUUCUUAUAGCUUCCCAAGUGCAAAUGUCAUAACAUUAUUUCAGAUGAUAUGUUCGUGCUCUUUUUUGUAUGUAUUGAGACGCUGGAGGGUUAUCUCUUUCACUGAUGGUGGAUCUUUAACUACUUCUGAUGUCAAUGCUACUUUUGUACCACUGGAGACAUUGAUUCGCACCCUACCUCUUGCAUUUACUUAUUUGCUUUACAUGCUAAUUACAAUGGAGUCUGUCCGUGGGGUAAAUGUUCCCAUGUAUACCACCUUAAGGCGGACAACAGUGGUAUUUACAAUGAUUGUGGAGUACAUUCUGGCAGGGCAGAGAUAUGCACCUCCAAUUUUUGGAAGUGUUGGGUUGAUAGUUCUUGGUGCAUUUAUUGCUGGAGCACGGGACUUGUCAUUUGACUUCUAUGGCUAUGCUGUUGUCUUCACAGCUAAUUUUACAACAGCUAUAUAUCUGGCAACCAUAAGCCGUAUUGGGAAAUCCAGUGGCCUUAAUAGCUUUGGUCUUAUGUGGUGCAAUGGAAUUAUAUGUGGACCAAUUUUGUUGUUUUGGACAUUUAUUCGUGGUGAUUUGUGGAUGACCGUGAAUUUCCCUUAUCUGCUUUCCCCGGGUUUCUUGGCUGUAUUGCUUCUUUCAUGUACCCUGGCUUUCUUCUUGAAUUACAGUAUCUUCCUGAACACAACUCUCAAUUCAGCACUCACACAAACAAUUUGUGGUAACCUGAAGGAUCUGUUUACCAUCGCACUUGGCUGGACUAUUUUUGGUGGGCUUCCUUUUGAUAUUUUCAAUGUCAUUGGGCAGUGUCUUGGUUUUGUUGGCUCUGGUUUGUAUGCCUACUAUAAGCUCACAGGGAGGUAA